CUAUGGACGCUGGUGAAGUUGUUUGAGAAAAGUUUUACAGGUAGUGAGCAGUAAGUUCUUUAACAAACGUUUUGUGUGCUUCACGUGGGAAGAUGUCAACACUUGAAAGUCUCAGACUGCGUCUGUGAGCUAAAGUUAGCCACGUUAGCUCUCAUCGCACUGUCCUGUGUUAUGUUUUCAUGUUUAUAGUUGAUUUUCUAAAAAGCUCCACGAUGUCAGCUAACGACGAGACCCGCAUGUUGGUUUUGGAGAAGCAAGUGAAGAGUUUAUCAGAUGAGUUACUGCAGUGCCAGGCAGACAAGGAGUUUGUGUGGUCCCUAUGGAAACGCCUGCAAGUGGCAAAUCCAGACUUGACCCAGGCUGUCAGUUUGGUAGUUGAGCGUGAGAAGCACAAAGCUGAGCUGAAGGACAGGAAAGUAUUAGAGAUCCUUCAGUCCAAAGAUUCAUUGAUACAGGACCUGGAACAGAAAGUGGUGACGCAGCAGCAGGAGAUCAACAACUUGGCAAAGAGGAAGAUGACCGUAGAUGAGGAGAGUAUCGUAAUAAAGCAGGAGCUGACAGCUCUGAGAGAACAACUGUUCAAAUUCAAUGAGGAAUUUAAGGAAAUGAAGACAAAGUGUUGGAGGCAAGAUGAGGAAGAGCAGCAGGUGGUGCGGGUCUUAGAGGAGGAGAAAGAGGGAUUAGCGUCAUGCUGUGCUGCCCUGCGAGCUGACCUAGAGGAGAGACAGAGACAGGUCAACAACCAACAAGACCAGAGGGAUACUGCCCUGGCCAGAGUCAUGGAGUUGGAAGAGGAACUGAACCGUGCCUGGCAGGAGGUAUCUCGCUUGCAGAACUACAAUACUGAUCUGGUAACCCAGGUUUCUAAUAAAGAGAAGGUGCUAUCUACAAAAGAGGCUCAACUCAACCAAGUCUGUUGUGAGUUGGCUGAAGUGCAGACCUUGUACAGACAGAGCACUGAACAUGCAGCGGAGCAGAGCCAUUUGAUCAAGCAGCUGGAAGGACUCAACCUAGACACACAGAGAGUCCUGAGGAACCAAGAAGAGGCACAUACCGCUGACACCACCUCCUAUCAGAGGCUGUACAAUGAGUUGAGUCAGUGCUACCAGGCCCUUGUGUCCAGUGAAGCCAAGCUCCGUCAGAGUCACCAGGCGCUCGGCAGCCAGCUGGCGCAGAAAGAUCAGUACAUUUUUAAUCUCCAGGCCCAGCUGCAACAACAACAACAGCAGGAACAGCUACAACUCCAGAGACAACAGGCUCCGCAAACAACCCUUACCUCCUCAUCACACAGACAAACCAACUUUAAAGGUGCACCUGUGCAGAGGUCCAGGUCUCUGUCCCCAGCCAACAAUGUGGAGAAAGUAUCUGAAGUCAGAAGAGGAGCACAACAACAAAUUCAGGACCUUGGGGAGCUGCUGAAAUUGAAGAUGGAGGAGAAUGAUGAGCUAAGGAGGGUCCAUGAUAGACGGCGUGAUCGCCUGUGUCUGAUCCAGACUCACUACAAGGCUAUCAGAGACCAGCUGAAAGAGAUGGAGGAAUCCAAUGGCUUGCCUGAUAGAAGGAUGCCAUUUGCCAAGCCACGGCAGCUGACACAAGAGAACAGUGAUGCUGUGUGGAAUGAGCUAACCUACAUGAAACAACUAACCAGGAAACUCUCAAUGCAAAAAGCCAACCUUGAAGAGGAGUCAGACAUGCUGCGUGUCCAGGCUGCUAUGGACAGGGCCACGGUAAAGGAACUUCGCCUGUGUCUUAGUAAUGAACACCAAGAAUUGCUUCACAGAGUGAUGGAGGAGCACCAGGUCAAAAGCAACACUCCAAAAAAGUCAUCCAUUUCAAGUGAGCGAAUGGAACAGUCAUUGAAAAAGAUUAAGCGGCUCGAACGGAGAAUGGGGUCCCUGGAGGAGACCACAAGACUGAUGAAAGAGAAAGAGCAGCUACUUGAGGCCAAUGGUGACCUGGUCAACAAAUGCUACAGACUUGAAGUUGCCAUGGAACAACAGAAAACCCAGGAAACUGUCCGUGAAAAACUUGACCAGGUUGAAGCUCAGGCUGUGGUUCAAGGAGAGAUGCAUCGCAACAAGAUUAUAAGCCUUGAAGCUCAUCUGGCUGCCUCCAAAAGAGAGGCCACGAAGCUGCAUCAUCAGGUUCUGAAGCUGAGACGAGCGCUGGGUAUUCUAAGAGCAGCCAGAGACUUUUACAGGAACCAUGCACGAGGGCCAGUGCGGGGUGGCAGGGAAGGUAGCAUCAUCAGCGGUAAGGUCAAAUUCAAAGCAAGGAGGCUUAGAAGUCCACGACACCAGAGUAGCCACCAAACUGUCAGGCCCAAUCAAGCUGUCAGCUGGCAGGGUUGCAGCCCCAAUACCAGAAAGCACGAGUGGGAAGACAUGAGCACAGCUAGCACCAGCGAUGAAGAGUACUCAGACAGUCUCAACAGUGUGCCCGCACGGAAGCCUCAACAUAGAUGCAGAAAGUUCUACACGUCUACACUGAUUUCAAACACGGAAGCGCCGGCAGCGGAAUCUAACAGAAAGCAACUCGAUAUUCUCAUCCAAGAUGAUAAACAGCAUGAGCCCAGGGACCAAGGGAAGAGAGGAGUGAAAAGGAGGCGGAGGAGGAAGAGGAUGCUUGUGAAGACCCAGCGCCGCUCCUCCUCCACUCUGCAGCAGCGCGUGGAGUCCCUACAGCGCCACGUUGACAUCCUGCGAAGCGCCAGGAACGAUGCCGUACAUUCAACCAGAGAGCUGCGGAGGGCCAACGAGGAGCUCACGACGCAGCUCCACACCCUCACUGAGAAACUCCACUGCAGCAAGCAGCUCACACAGAAGCUAACCUCUGACCUGAGCGAUGUGAAAUGGCAGAAAAAGAUACUGGAGGUGGAGCGAGAACAGUGGAGGCAAGUCACGAUUCCUCAGCAGACUUCAUCAACAGCACUGAUAUGUGCAGAAUGUUCCUGUCAGGGUGGAUCCAUGUCCACUCCAGAUAACCCUGCAACCCAGGUUCUAGAAGCUGAAGUCAGACGACUUCAAACAAAACUAAAGACUGCAAGUGCUGAGGUCACAAGGCAGGUGACGGCAAACAAAACCCUACGAGGCCAGCUCCGGGAGAAGGACGACAUCCUCCAGCAGCUGCAGGACAAGAUAAAGCAUGUGGAGCGAGAUGUGACCAUGAAGAAGCAGCUGGUGGAGGAUCUGAAGACAAGGUUGAAAUUUCUUCAGGAGAUGGAAAAAAGUUAUCGUGGUCAGGUAGAGGAGCUGGAGAAGAAAGUGAAGGCUUUAUCAGAAGAGGCCACCAACAGGAAGUCCUUCAUUGAAUCUCUAAAGAGACGACUGAGUGUGGCAACCACAGAGAAAAACCAGUAUGUAGAGUCCUGUACAAAACUGAAGGAGGAUCUGGAGAAAAAGGAGCAGCGUAUACAUGCCCUGCAGGCUUGCGUGGGCACCGCUGAGCAUGAUUUGGCUGCAUUGGAACAGACAGCCAACAAUCAAAUGGAGGAUUUGUCCCGUCAGAGCUCCCAAGCCCUGGACACACUUCACAGACAGUUGGAACAAGCAUUUUACCAGGUGGAGCAGCUUCAAUCUUUCUUUAAGGCCCUGGCUAGUGAAAUACUUUUAGAUAUUCAAGAGGUCAAGCAACAGUUGAUGAAGAGGAGGAGGUUACGGCAGGCCAAAGCAGUGGCAGCAAAGGGUGGCCUCUCAGCUAAAUCCAUGAUCAAAGCCAAAUCCAUAGCUGCCUCCAUCCUCAAUAUGUCAGAGAAUGAUCUCGCAGACAUAAUGGACACUGACCAGGUGACAGAGGCCAGUUCAAACAGUUUCAGAGACCAGGAAUGGCUGGAUCACCUCAACCAUAUCCUCCAACAGAAGAUCCCCUCUGCUAGCCAGCUAAUGGAGGCUGUGCGUGUGAAGAUGAAGGAGAGGAAAGUGCUGACAGAAGAGCUGGCUACGAUCGCAACACCAGUCAGCGAAAACGCCUGACUCCCUGGGCUGAGGCUGAGAAAACUGUCAUCCUCUUCUUUUUUCUCCCUCCCUUCUUUUCUCUCCGUGGUCCUUACUCAGUGGGAGCUGGGCUGAGCCAAGCUGAGCCGGAGCAGCAGAACCAAUAUUUUUGAGAGAAGCGCUGUCUACUCACUCUAGGCCACUGGCUCAACACAGCAGCCGAGCUUUUGUAAAUGAGCCCUGGACAUCUGUGUUAGCGCUCAGCGUGCUAUGUUGGACAGGGCCCUUUAGUGCCGAGCUAAUUUACAGCGCAGCCACUCUCUCCAUUCGCACGGCAGAACUCGGGUGAUAAGGCAAUUGCUUACACC